AGCGGCAUUAGCUGCUUAACUGCGGAGAUUUUUUUGCUUGGAGCAAAAAGUAGGACUUUUUUUAAUUUGAACUACCGAGAACAGCUUUUGCUUGAGGAUAAAGUAGUUCUUGCGCAGGCAGGAAAAUGGACAAUUAUGUCAAUGUGGAAAAUAGAGUUUAAAGGAAUAUAUAACAGUGCAAAAGCCUGUGUUAUACUUACGUCUUUGAUAAUGAUCAUAAUACUUUACAAACAGUUGGGAGGAAGAGCGCCGUUGCAGUUUAUUAAAAGUUUAAAUUUAAUAAACAGCACGUGCUAUGGGACUUUGUUUCCGGGAAACGUGAACUCAGAAAGCAACUGGGGCGCAGUUGACUUGGAGAAUACAAUAUUUGUUAUUUCAGCUUACUAUGUAAAGGAAAGAGCGAGGAUAUUCAUCAUUGGCGCAAAACAUGUAUACAGCAACUCAGCUGUGUGUCAGAUUUGGUACACGGACCCGGACAAUAAAGUUCGAUCAAUACAACAAACGCAGGCCAAAGUUGUAGCCCCAAUUGGACGAAACAAAUAUAAAUAUAUAUCUACAAUAUUUGCAUGUCCGAUUGAUUCAGAAGAAACACCUACGCAUGUUUCUCUCGUCAUGCAUUCCUGUGACAACCCAUUGAAUCUUCUGAGAAUACGGGAUGUGUCGAAACCGAUUAAAUAUGAGCGUCGAUUCACAGUCUGUCUGUCACCGGUACACAAAUUUGACGCACUUUUUAAGUUCGUUGAAUGGAUAGAGCUGAAUAGAAUACUUGGUGCUGAAAAAAUACUGAUAUACAACCACUCAACCGGUGUUAACGUAGACGAUGUGAUUAAAUAUUAUUUAAACAUGAACAUAGUGGAAGUGAUAAAUUGGAAAUUGCCUUUCCCUCUAAGCAAGAUAGAGUAUUUUGCUCAAAAAUCCGCUUUAAAUGAUUGCAUUUUCAAAAAUAGAAACGUUUCAGAAUUUAUUAUAAAUAUUGAUAAAGAUGAAUUUAUAAUUCCACAUUCUGAAAACGUUUUAAACUGGUCUCAAAUGAUUGAAAAAUUUGAUAAAAAUUAUGCUGGUUACCUAGUUAAGAAUACAUUCUAUAGAACUGAUUGGACAGACCAACAGUUAAAUUUUACAGAAAAAGUUUUAGCCGAGAAACUCGGUCUAGUCAGUCUGACACAUUUUGAACAUGAGAAAAAAAUAUUUUCCGCAGAACACCGUUCUAAGUAUUUUGCUCGAACAGCGUUUGUCGAGUUUGGAAAUAUUCACGAGAUACCACGUGGACGGGUGUAUACUAUACCGGAGGAAGUUGGGUUAUUACAUCACUACAGGAAAGAAAAGCACGAGAAACCACAACAGAAGGUCAAGGACAUGACUGUACUUGUGAAAUAUGGACAACGCCUCAUUGAAAACGUGCAAGAAGCGUUGAAAGAGAUUUCUAAAUUAAACUUAAACGUUUCAUUGAUUAUUACAUAACAUAAAUAUCCAAAGACAUUACAUUAUGUAGCGUAAUACCGAUAUGACUCGUUUUUUUUAUUUCGGAACAGUUUU